UGAAGGAAACAUCUGUGCUGUGUCUGCUCUACCAGAAAAAUAUCACAGCUGCAUCUGGACAGAAUGUUACUCUGACAUGUCGAGCUUCAAACAACAACAUCAUGGUUGUAGAGUGGAGCAGAGCUGACCUUAGAGAUGAAUACGUGUUUGUUUACCGAGAUGGCCGAUUUGAACCAGAUGACCAGCAUCCAUCUUUUAAGAACCGGGUGGAUCUGCAGGACAGACAGAUGAAGGAUGGAGACGUGUCUUUGAUUCUGAAGGACGUGACGAUUAAUGACACUGGAACAUACGAGUGUCGUGUCUUCCAGGAAGUAGAAGGACCUAUGACUCUAAUCAACAGCACCAACCUGGUCGUUGAUCCUCCAGGAAAACAAGGAGGACACACAGAGGAUGGAUCUGUUGAACUGAAAAUUGGUCUGUCAGUUUCUGCUGUGCUUCUUGUUGCUGCUAUUGUUGGAUUAUUGAUCUACAGAAAACAUAAACAAAAGCAGAGUCAGGAUUCAUACCAGCCUCCUGUUGAAUUGCAGGUUGUUUGAAAUGUCUCAGUUUUUCUCCUGCUGCUGUUCAAACUCCGUGUUGUCAGUGAACAAUCAGGUACAGACAGAUGAUCUGAUCAUCCAGCAGACAGACAUCAAAAACGUCAGAGUUCAAUUUCUCUGAUUAUCAUCAAACCUGUUCAGACUGUGUUAGUGUGUCUCUGUGCUGUCUGUCAGAGACUCUGUGAACUACUAGUGUUUGUUCAUCUUCACUGCUCAUCUUAUUGGUACUUUUCUGUAGCAUAUUUUUUUCAUAUUUAUAUCCUGUAUUUUCAAACCCCCAAAAAUCUCAAAUGUUGAUAGAGAUAAAAAAAAUAAAAUAAAAUUCAGCCUGUAAACACAAAAUAUUCAGUUUGUGAGUUCCUUUAUAUACCUCAUAUUAAAACAAAUUCAAGUCUCACAGAGAUGA